AUGUUCAAGCAACGAUCACACGAUACCCACCACGGCACGCAUCGCCCGCAGAUCACAUCGAACCCGAACCAGUAUGAGAUCGCUCUUCUCGGCGACAGCCUCUUUGAGCGCUUCAAGACCACCGGGUCCAACCUCUCCAUCAAUCACAACCCAUUGAUCCUGAACCUGGGUGUCGGUGGCGACAAGGUUCUCAACGUGCAGUACCGGAUCGACCAAGGCCUUUUGUGCUUGCUCAAGAACAACCAGCCCAAUCUCAAACUCAUGUACAUCCACAUGGGAUGCAACAAUCUCAAGAAGAAUGGUCUUCGGAAGGACGAUGCGGAUGCCUACGCGUCUUUGAUCAAGAAUAUCCAAGAGGUGCUUCCGGAUGUCAAGAUUAUCAUCACUGCGUUGUUCAAGCAGCGUGGUUUGGCGGAUGAGAUCAUCGACGAGGCAAAUCAGAUGCUUUGCGACAUUGCUGAUCAGAAUGGUACUGAUUUCUUGCCUUUUGGAGAUGACCAGGAGGGCAUAAUGAGCGAGGAUAACGUUCAUUUGAAUGCGACCGGGUAUGUCAAGUGGAACGAAGUCUUGGAAAAGGACAUGUCAACUCGGCAAAAGGCAGAUUGGACAGGAUCACGGCACGAUUGA